GAUUUCUGUGCAUACCAUGCAUUUGGGGUCAUGAAGGAACGUACAGCUUUGUUCACACUAGAUUAGCUUGGAAAUGGAUUUAGGUCUAAUUUUUACCAUCAAGUGCCAUGUUUAAGAGUAUCUAGGUUGUCUAGUUUGAUCAUGAAGCAAGAUACCAGUAGCCUGUCUUUCAGUCUUUAUUCUAGGCUGAAUGUACAUCUGAUGAAAUGGUUUCCCUUGGCCUUAGAUAUUGAAUAAAUCGACCUAAACGAAUGUUAAGGUCUGCUGAGCAUGGACAACUGAAGCAUAGUUUUUGUAACUAGAAUAAGUCCUUAUAGCAGGGAAGUUGAUACUGUGGAAGCAUGUAGAUUUAUUUGUGACUCAAGUGCAUCCCUGGUUGCUGAGUGUGGUGUCUUAUAAUGGUCAGAUUUUAGGGUUCUCAUGGUCAGAAUUGGUGUGGAUUGACCCUCACCCUGUCCUUAACAACCAUUUAGAAAACCUACAGUACAUGAUAUAUUUUUUAAACAAUAUUUUAUAUGUGUACUGGUACGGGACUAAUUUUGCAUUUGCAAGAUGGUUUACUUUGAAAUGUCAAAUGCUGGAUGGUUAAAUUGAUAAGUCACCAGCUUGUGCGUAUUAAUGGAAAUAACAUUGCUCUUUUCCUAAACGUCUGAUUACUGGUAAGCAGGUGUCAGAUUGCUGCUUGAGCUGACAGGAAUCAUCUUCACAAAUAUCCCAACAAUCCGUAUUCAUUAAAAGAUGAUGAUAAAGUAUUGCCUCAUUUUGAUAUAUAGAUACUUGUGAUCAUAACUUGAUGUGUUUGAAAAGAUUCCUACAAGUCCAAAAUGUACUUCUCUAGUGUGUGUGUGUGUGUGUGUGUGUGUGUGUGUUGGAGGGGGUGCUCUUGCACGGAUAUCGUACAGCUGUAGCCCCCCUUUAAGUGCAUACCUGACUUUGCAUAGAAAGCCUGGCAUUAACAUUUUUCCUUCCUUCAUCUUUAACCCUAAAUUAAUCAAAUUAACAGAGAGGGCAUAGGGUCAGUGCACCCCUGUUAUCUAGCACACUGAAGUUUUUCUACAAUGUGUAGAGAGAUAACAAUCUGUUAGGCAGACACAUGAAUGUCCCCUUUGGCAGCCAGUCAUUAAGUAGGUCAUAGUGAGGUCAAGCUUAGAAUCCUGUCAGUGUGCUAUCUUACCCCAGGAAUGUGUGCUUUAUGACUUGACACUACGGGUGAUAUAUGUCAUUCACUGUCAGCUGGUUUCUUCAGUGGCCUGUCUUACCAACUGAACUCGAGUUCAAAGAUCUAAAAUAUUGGUCUUCAAUUUUAGAUCAAAGACAAGUUGACAAUGCGGGUGAUAUAUCUCAUUCACAGUCAGCUGGUUUCUUCAGCAGCCGGUCUUACCAACUGAACUCGAGUUUAAAUAUAUCUGAAAUAUUGGUCUUCACUUUUAGAUCAAAAGUUGUUGUACUUAAAUCCAUGGUAUUUGAAAAAAAAAAGGCAUUUUGUAUUUUACAAGAAAGGGAUUUCCAUUGUUUUAGACCAAUAAGUUUUUAUUCUGAAGUAGACUGCUUUGGACCGCUAGUCUGCUAUGUAUGUAUGGAUUUUUUCUUGAACUGGAGAAAGACCUAAUUUCUGGAUGGCUUAAGAUCUGGGGCAGGUAUCACAAAAAAGUUCGAGGAAUUUGGGCUGACUAAACUUUGACUGCUGAAGAUGGAUAACGGUCCUGGCAUGUUGUAGGAAUGAUGGACCCACUUAAAUUGGAGGGCUUUAGGGGCAGGAAGAUAAUUCUAAAAAAAAUGCAACAAAAAUGAGGCAGUUAAAUUGAUUCUUGGAAUCGUAACAUGUAACCAACUGGUAUGCUAACAUUAAGAGAACUCCAUGUUGCAGGCAGCUGAAGUUGCACCCAAGAGAGACAUGAACACAGAUUUUAAAUCUUCGUUGGUGAAAGUGGAAAGCAAGAUGGAACACAAAGGAAGUGGUUCCGUGUGUAAAGUGUGCGGGGACGAGGCCUCAGGGUUCCAUUAUGGAGUGGACUCUUGCGAGGGUUGCAAGGGUUUUUUCCGCCGUUGUAUAACCCAGGGGAUGAACCACAAGUGUAACAAUGAGGAGAAGUGUGACAUCACCCCAUUCAGUAGAAACAGCUGCCAGUACUGCAGGCUGAAGAAAUGUUUUGCCGUGGGGAUGUCACGUGAAGCAUCAAGACUUGGACGACGGCCAAAACGCCUGAAAGGUGAAGGUGACCUCUCAUCUCGUCCUCAUCCCUCCACACAGCCCAUUGCCCCUUACCCUCCUCUAAGCCCAUUUCAAGUCAGCCACCUCAGCAUGGCUGAACUUCAGCGACUCAUCCAGGUGAAGAACGGAAACAAAAUCCCCGAAUUUUUACAGAACUACAUCUUGGGGAGCCCAUCAAAGGACAGCCCCAGUGCAAAUGGAUUGGCGGCAGUGGGCGGGGCAGCUAAUAGUGACAGGAGUUUGACCAAUCAGAUUGAGGCUGGCACCCAGUUGACCAGUCAGAAUAAGACUGUGAUUCAGGCAACCAGCGAAGCUGGUUGUGGGACUGGAACUAACAACAGCUCACCUGGCCAUGUGCCUCCAGAGCCGUUCCCAAGUGGUGCCCCAGCUAACGGGGCAAAUAACAUCAAAAUGGAACAGCAGGGCAUGCCACCUAGCUGUAAUGGUUCAAACAGCACAAACUUAAACACAAACUUUCAGAUGCUGACUGACCCGUCUCCGGGGCACAUGACCCCUGGGUUCCCUUUUUCUGACAGCAAUCAAGAAGAGAGGGACGAAGAGGAGCUGAAUAGAAUUAUGAUACAAAAUAUCGUAGAGGCCUCCAAGCAGCCAAUCACUAAAGAACGCCAGCAGCUGAUUCACCAGGUGACGGAUGUGAUCAUCGAGGCCCAUUGCGACACCUGUGGCUACCUGGUGGCCAAAGUCCAGGAGACGUGGGAGAGAUUGGGCAGUGCUAUGCCCAGCAUGGCCAUGAUGUCUGAAAUGAUGAGAAAAAUGAAAACCAGUCCCGAAGCUGGACAGCCUUCAUCUUUAUGGGAUAAAUUCCUCGGACAGAUGCUCCCUGCUAUAACAGAUGUUGUCAGAUUCUGUAAAAGAAUCCCUGGUUUUAUUGAAUUAGGUGAGGAUGAUCAGAUAAAACUGAUAAAGCAGGGCAGUUUUGAGCUGGUGUUAAUCAGGUACCUUGGCCUUAUUGACCCAGUGAAAGACUUUAUGAUAGACCCCAGCAUGGAGCAUCUGAUUCCUAGAAUGAUAGUAAAAAAUAUGCCACUGGGGGGAUUCUUAGAGAGUUUCUUUGAGCUGGCUGGUUAUCUUAAUCCUCUGAGGCUGAGCGAUGCUGAGAUGGCACUACUGUGUGCAGUGAUCAUCAUUAACCCUGAGUGUGCAGGUCUAACCAACCGUAAGGGGGUGGUCAAGUUACAGAGUGUAUUUGUGCAGGCCUUACUCAGUCAGAUGAGGAGCACGAGAACUAGAGAUGAAGUGGAUGAUGUGUUCUCCAAGAUUUUGAACUUUCUACCUGUUCUGAAAAAGAACAAUAGUGAACAUUCAAAAGCACUUCGUGGCAUCAAGAUGGAGAUGCCACAACAGAUGGAGAAAUUUCCAGACUUACAUAAAGAAGUUUUUGACCUUGAUAAUUAACUCUGUGACCUUGGUUUGCAAAUUUUAAUCUGCAAUGGCUACGUGUGGAAGUUAAGUUAGAAAAGGCUGCCCAACCAACUUUUUCAUGGUUUAUGAGUCAGCAGAUCUAGAUCAGAAGCAAGACAAUACAGGAGCAGAUGGAUAGGGGGCGUUGUGUGCAAUACGUCUGCUUGUUGGCACUGGAAUCCAUUACAGAGGGAAUGCUAUCUGGAAGGACAGAUACAUUUGAAUGAGUUAACAGGAAUGCUGAUGACAGACAGGCAUUUUGAAUCAAAGGAGCAAUGUUCCAGAGUGGGGAAGGUUAGGCGAGAGGAGUAUUGAAGUGUGAAACAAUGGGUUUGAUACCUGUAUAUGGUUUGCGAGAUAAAUUGAUCCAGUGUACUCCCUGUACUGACAGGCUCACUACCUGAACAAGGGCUGUCCAAGCUGAUAAUGGUCAUGUACACAGCCAACACGGGUGUAUGAAAAUCCAGGGAAAUAUUUAGAAUGGAUAGAAGUGACAGGACUGUACCAGGUCUAUGGUGUGUAUGAUGGCAGGUGUUUUGUCACAGAGAGAUCGGCUUGUGACCCAGGAUGAAGGUACUUGGAGAAAGUGGUCACAAACAGAAGGCUUUGAUGUCCAUGAAUUCCUGCUGUAGGGUCCUGCAUCACUGAAAGACUGGAUGACCAACUAUGACUUCAUGACUUGAUCUAAGAGGCGAUUUUCUAAUUAAUAGCCUACUAGAGAAUGGAGCUAAGGGGCUACUGCCACUUAUGAGGUAAAUUAUCUGCAAAAUCUCUGACAGUUUGGUCCUUAGUUGGAUUAAAAGACCAAAAA